AUGUCUCGUCCUAUACCGACAUCAGAUGCAACAGAAAACAUAACUCGGUUAACUCUCGCUUCAGCGGCUAUUAAUGCAUUUUUAGAUUAUUUGAGUGUCCAUGCGAAAUUAGAAUAUGUAGCAUUAGUGACGUUUUCUUCUACUUAUGAAGUGUCAGUACCGUUCACUCGAGACUACGAUAGUAUUAAAGCUAAGUUACCUCACUUGGAAGAAGGAGAUAAAACUUGUAUAGAGACUGCAUUACUAGGUGUGAAUCAACUAAUACUUGGAGAAUGGGGUUAUCAAACACUCGUACAAACUAUACUGAUAACAGAUGGAACUUGUGGAGUUGGUGCAAUCGGAAGGAAUCGCAUUAUUCAAGCACUGCCCUUGCCUCCAUCAUUUCCUUCCAAAAUACAUGUACUGCCAAUUGUAUCACCACAUGACUCAUGUCUACAACAUGCAAUGCCACUGUAUCAAAAAAUUGUUGACCUAGCCAGUAACACAGUGAACAAUUCCACUGGCAGUAUCAAUAGAGGGGCAGUAUAUUGCCCUGAUCAACUUUCAAUAUCUGGUGUUGUUGCAGCAAUGAAUAAAUUGUGUGAACAACAAUAUCAGGAGUUUUGGUGCACCCUUAAAUGUGGCCAGUUAGAAACUCGUGUGCAACUGUUUCCAGCACCACAACCAGCUUCUCAUGAAGGACUUGCUGCUACAUACACUAUAUCUAAUCAGAUUCAUGUUGUUGGAUUUUUGCAACAACAGGAUUUGGGAACACCAAUAGCAAUAAGCAAACACCUAAUUAUACCCCAAGCUCAGUCUGGAAACAACACCACAAACAGAGAGAACUUUGGCUCUAAAACACCAACAAAGGAUGGCUCUAAUGCAGAAAGUUCAAAUACAGAUGAAGAUAUGUCUGAUCCCAGCAAAGUACCUAACUUUUGUGUUUUACUACAUGGGGCACUUAAGGUAGAAGGCAUGGCUGCUAUAGUACAGCUUGGACCGGAGUGGUGGGGUACUCUGUCUGCAUGGUGCGAAGCAUCAAGAGCGAGACGCUCUUGUUUGUUACUUGGAGUUUUACGUCCUGGUGCGUCUGCAGCUCCUUGGCUUGGUGCGCUUGACCAACUUGGACCGGCGGAUGAUGCCAGCACUACUGAGGCAUUUCCUGUACGUUCCUGGCGGUCAUACAGUGGCGGGGGAUCCGGCUGUGCGUGGGCGCGACCGCACGCUUUACUCGCCGACGUCCAAAAAGUUUUGCGACACGCGCGAAAGUUGCCUGACAAAACUCAACAUCUUUAUAAGGAACUUAAUCGCCUCCGUCGUGCUGCUAUCUCGCUGGGAUUCUCCGAGCUGUUGACGUGUGUGGGAAGCGCGCUAGAACGAGAAUGCGCGUCGCUACCUACUUCCUCCCCACCGGAAUGUGCAUUACAAUUAGCACAUGCUGCAGCCGCCCUAAGAGACCCUCGAACUGCACUGGACAUCAAGCAUACCUUACAGCCACUUGCUACAAACUUUACUGUUACUUCUAUGUCCCAU